AUGGAGGUUGACGAAGGAAGUUCCAAUGGACGACGUCGCCAGAAGCCGAAGCAGAAGCCAAAGCGGCAGUGGCAGUGGCAGAGGAGAGCAUCAGUGGGGAUGAGUUUUGAGAAAAGUGUGGAUAAUCUCUCACGAGCAGGGAGAGAGACACUUGUAUUGGUAAAUCGAAAACGUCGAAAGUUGUUGAACACCAUACCAUAUACUUUGUCUAAUAUCUUCGACAAUACUUGUCCUCAAUACUGUUGGCUUCGCUUUGGCUGGAUUGCUGAGGAACGUCGCAAGCUGUCCGGCCGACUUUAUCGGUUAAGAGAUAUAUAG